AUGAGUACAAUCAAAAUACCUGUCGGAGAAAAGAAAUUGUUCAAGAAAAUUUAUGCCAAAUUUUGGAAAAUGAAUGAACGUGAAAAGAUUGUUGCUCCUCAUGACAGAAUUAUUAUUGGGUUUUCAGGUGGUAAAGACUCAUUUCUUUUAGUCCAUAUCCUUUCAGUACUUGGAAAAACCAGUCAUUUUCCUCUUGACAUUUUAGUUGUUCAUGUUACUAAUAAACAAGUUGGGUAUCAACUUAAUAUUGAAGACUCUAAAGCACUUUGUGAAUCUAUGGGAAUACCUUUUAUCACUCUUGAAUCAGAACCUGUAAGUAAAAUUGAUAUUGAAGAUGCUGAUAAAAACACUACGUUUUGCUUAAAUUGUGGAAAAAAUAGAAGAAGAGCAUUAUUAGAAUAUGCAAAAGAACAUGGAUAUACUUCAAUUGCACUAGGACAUCAUAUGGAUGAUGUUGCUGAAACAUUGUUAAUGAAUCAAAUGUUCUGUGGUUGUAUUGCAAGUAUUCCUGCUCAAUUCACAACAGAAAAAUAUGGUGUUAAAUUUAUUAGACCACUUAUUGAAGUUCCAGUAGUUUUUAUUCAAGAAUGGACAAAAUAUAUUAAAUUACCACGUUUAGUACGUUGUAAAUAUGAAAAAGACAGUAUGAGAGGUGAAGUAAGAGAAAUGUUAGAGCAAUUUAAAAAGAAGCAUCCGUUUAUUAUUCAUUCUAUUGUUCAAUCACCUUAUAAUGUAAAGUAUGAAUACUUAUGA